ACCACAACUGCUCCAACAACAACCACAACUGCUCCAACAACAACCACAACUGCACCAACAACAACACCAACUGCUCCAACAACGACCACAAGUGCACCAACGGCAACUGCUCUAAUCGCAACUACCACUGUUCCAACCUCAACCACACCUGCUCCAACAACAACCACAACUGCUCCAACAACAACCACAACUGCACCUACAACAACCACAACUGCACCAACAACAACACCAACUCCUCCAACAAUAACCACAAGAUCUCCAACAACGACCACAAGUGCUCCAACAACAACCACAACUGCACCAACAACAACCACAAGUGCACCAACAACGACCACAAGUGCUCCAACAACGACCACAAGUGCUCCAACAACGACCACAAGUGCUCCAACAACAACCACAACUGCACCAACAACAACCACCGGUGCAACAACAACAACCACAACUGUACCAAGAACAACCACAACUGCUCCAACAACAUCCACAACUGCUCCAACAACGACCACAAGUGCUCCAACAACGACCACAACUGCACCAACAACAACCACAACUGCUCCAACAACAACCACAACUGCACCAACAACAACACCAACUGCUCCAACAACAACCACAAGUGCUCCAACAACGACCACAAGUGCUCCAACAACGACCACAAGUGCUCCAACAACAACCACAACUGUACCAACAACGACCACAAGUUCUCCAACAAUGACCACAAGUGCUCCAACAACAACCACAACUGCACCAACAACAACCACAACUGCUCAAACAACAACCACAACUGCACCAACAACAACCACCAGUGCAACAACAACAACUACAACUGCACCAACAACAACCACAACUGCUCCAACAACAUCCACAACUGCUCCAACAACGACCACAAGUGCUCCAACAACGGCAUCUGCUCCAGUCACAACUACAACUGUUCCAACCACAACCACAAGUGCUCCAACAACAACCACAACUGCUCCAACUACAACCACAACUGCUCCAACAACGACCACAACUGCUCCAACAACCACAGCUUUUCCAAUCACAACUACAACUGUUCAAACCACAACUGCACCACCAUCAACC